CCUAGUAGUACUACCUAGUACCUACCUAACCUAGUAGUAGUACCCAGUACCUAGUACAUAGUAGGUACUAGUUACAGCCCUGAGGCGUUCAAUUCGGCGUUGUUGAUUGUUGCCGCCUUUGACCUUUGACCUUCAUUGAUCUUUAAUUCAUCAACCACCUCUUGCCAAACAAGGGAAAUUCUAUUGAUUAAGCAACAACAACCAUUUAACCAACCCUUUCCAAUCACACACGACUUCCAUUUCCUACACGAAUGUUGUGAUAGUUUAAACUAUGGCUUACGAUCCACGUGGGGAUCAUGGCGCGCCAGGUGGAGGGUAUGAGUCUGGCGGCUUUGCCAGGGCCAGAGGUCGACGUGAGUAUUUUACUAUUCUACUAUUCUACUAUCUUGCUAUUCAUUCAUGGAUUUUAUACACAUCAUAUAUCUACAAGCCGUUAUUGGUUUCGUGGAAGAAUUAUGAUGCUAUAGGAAGAUAUUUUCCAUCUUCUAGUCUCUACCAUGAGUAUGAUAUAUAUAUGCUGCCUCAUUCUCAUUCUCAUUUUUAUUAUCCUUAAUACACCAAUAACUUGUCAUUUAUUAAUGCUGGAAUAUAGGCCCGGUUACUGACUAUGGUUCUACCCUCGCGCACUGGAUGCGCAAUCGUAAACCCCGAUUCAAGGGGGGCUUCCAGGGUGAGGCUGAACGCCCAAGUGCGAGUUACAUCGUUGAUAUGCUACCACCACUGGCAAGAGUCACCAACUCUGCUGACACUAUUCCCACCAAACACCUUCAUUCGUCUCUGAACAAGAUCAAGCAUCCGGUCAACGUUGUGCGCUGGACUCCAGAAGGUCGUCGCUUGUUAACGGCGUCAAGCAGUGGUGAAUUUACACUCUGGAAUGGUACUGGAUUCAACUUCGAGACAAUAAUGCAAGCUCAUGAUGUCGCCAUCCGUGCCUUGGCCUAUUCCCACAGCGACGACUGGUUGAUAUCAGCCGACCAUGAUGGCAUAAUCAAAUAUUGGCAGCCAAACUUCAACAAUGUUCAGGUGAUACAGGGCCAUAAUGACCCUAUCAGAGACUUGGCUUUCAGCCCUAACGACUCUAAAUUCGUUACCGCAUCUGACGAUUCAUCCCUCAAGAUUUUCGACUUUGCUGGAGGUAUUGCCGAAUCGACUCUGCAGGGUCAUGGCUGGGACGCAAAAAGCUGCGACUGGCACCCUACCAAGGGAUUAAUCGUUUCGGGAUCUAAGGACCACCUUGUCAAGCUUUGGGAUCCUCGGACUCAAAGAUGUUUAACCACACUUCACGGCCACAAGAACACCAUUACCAAAACAGUAUUCGAGCGUGUAAUGGGUUGGUGCCUGGCAACAUCAGCACGAGAUCAGACGGCAAGAAUAUUCGAUAUACGAAUGAUGCGAGAUAUCUGUCUUCUGAGAGGGCAUGAGAAGGAUAUCUCUACCGUGGCCUGGCAUCCUAUCCACUCGAAUCUACUAAGCACUGGUGGUAGCGAAGGAUCCUUGUUUCAUUAUCUAUUAGAUGAACCUAACACGCCAGCUGGCCAAGCCAUUAGCACGGCGGUCUACGAAAGUCCAGACCCAGUAACAGCACCCGCGCAAUCUAUAUACCCAACACACAAACUGCCCUAUGCCCAUGACUUUGCCAUCUGGUCUUUGGACUGGCACCCCUUGGGCCACAUCUUAGCAUCGGGCUCGAACGACCGCAUCACAAGAUUCUGGUCUCGGGGCCGGCCUGGCGAGACGGAUAUCUUUCGGGAUAGAUACCACAUUGGCGAAGCAGCUGCAGAAGCGCAGGGCACCUGGGACCGACGUGGUGGCCGUCGUCAACGGCAAGAAGAAGAAGAACAAGAACUUGAAGAUGAAAUGGAAGGCCUGGUCGAUCAGAAAAUGCCACUCAGACAGCCCGGACUCACCUUCCCCGGACUUCCAGGACUUUCUUUGCCCGCUAACGGCGUCCCUCCCCCACCUCCCAUCCCAGGUGUUACUGCUCCUCCAACGCUCAAUGCCGCGCCACCCCCUCUGCCGUUCCCGAUUCCUGGUGCUCCGCCGCCACUGCCCGGUGGCCUAGAUCCUAGUAACCCAGCCGACUUAGCCAAGAUAGCGGAGAUGAUGCAGAAAGCCGGUCUACCUCCUCCACCUCCUCCGGGCAUGAUGCCGCCUGGAUUUGCUCCGCCCCCCAAUUUUACCAUGCCACUAGGAUUUCCGCCACCCCCGCCCCCCGUCCUCCCCCCUGGAGGCGCGGAUAUGCAGGACGGCAGCAACGGUCGAAGAAGAGCACCUCUUCCGAGUCAAGAAGAGAGUUUGCGAAUGGAACAGAAGAAGGGGAAUUACACUCGAGUGCGUUAAGUCCCCUCAGACUCUACUGCUUCUCAACUCCAUCUGCAUCCGACCACGCCGUCCUCUUGCGGUCAAAAUCCUAGCCUAGAGGGACCAGAUAGUCCCGGACAAGCGAGAACAGGGGCUUUUCCAGUCGAGCGAGUUUACCGCGGUCGCCGCUAGUACCCAGGCUCCGAAUUGUCCACUCGAUCGCGUGGAAGGGGAAGACAUUGAUCAAAGUAUCCGAAGACUAAGCCGAGAAGGCGGGAUCUGGUAUGCAAAAGCGAUUCCCUAUUUAGGUCAGGGAACAAUAUGGGCGUAGUACCUAGUGUGCAUACACUAGCAGCCUCGUCAUGGGAAUGAUGAGUUUUGGUGCGGAUGAUGCUCCUUAGCAAAGAGGGCAGAUACCCCAAAGGCGUUUAAGGCGUUCUCCUGGGACAAAAGUUACCUAGGUAGUUGAUAGCUAUGUGCCUAUCUAGGCAGAUAGAUAGAUAGAUAGGUGUGGGCAUGAGUUUUCUAAGAUACGAACGGACGAACGGAUGCUACUUCUAUGUAGUUGUGUUUGCAAUAUAUGUUUCCAGACAACGCUUGAACUUGCACUGAUUUACUUUGAUAUCCAUCUUCUUGGUACUCAUACGUGGCAUCUGCCUUAGU